CACGUGGAGGCUCCCGAGUGUGCUGGAGCAGCGAAGAACUGAGAAAGAUCCUGCAUUUGAGUAUUAUUUUCAAAUAGUACCACAGUACUUGACCGUAAACUAAACAUCUUUUGUUGAUUAUUGAUAUCAGCCGGGUUAACAAAUAUAAGAGAUUGAGGAUCGACACCACUCCAUCAACAACAUCUAUCCUGCUUGCAAAGAAACUACCGGUGUCAUUGAUACUUGAAUACAACAAGCAAUAUCAACAGCGAUGAAACUGACAAAAUUUUCAGCAUGGGACUUCCUGUUGAAGCUACUCCUGCUAGAGUGCGCGACAGGAAUUCUAGUUUCUCGCCGCUUCUCGAAGAUACGCGGCAGUUUCGUAGAGCAUCACUACUGUGACCUGGCCACGCCCCAAGUGCCCACCUCGACCAAAUUCCUUGGCCUACGCGGUGCUUGCAGUCUCAUGUGCCAGAACACUGCGGACUGUCGCUUCUUCUGCCUCCUUGAAAGCAAGGGUACCUGCUCUCUAUUCAGCGCUUACGUGGCUGUACGUUGGCAAGGUCAUCCUCCGUCUCCAUCAGGUACAGCAUUCGACGCUUGUUACACCUCGUGGGGAGACCCACGUGACGUAGUGAAGACGACCUCUCCUUUCAAUUACUCUUCUGUUUAUCCUGGAGCCAGCACUAGUUUUGUGCAUGCAAUCGAUGGCUACGCCUGUGAAGAACCAGGGAAUCGUUUUGUCACGAUUCCCGGCGCAAACUGCUCCUCACAAAUUGACUUGGAACAGAUCACUCGCGUUCAGACCGUGAUCUUAGCCACCGCUAAUGGAGAUUACAUUGAAGACAUGGAUGUGUUCCUCGGCAACACGACCGACUUCACCCUUGGGCAGAAAAUUGGACGAGUUGACGGCCGCUUGCCUGCUUGGUCGACGUAUACCAUCAACACCAACACCAGCGUAGCAGGACGGUACAUCACGUUCUUCAUGGCACUACCUCGUUACCACGGCUACGCUGAAGUGCAAGUUAUUCCGCUGCCUUGAACUUGUGCUUUCACUACAUGGAAAUAUAAAUGUGAGCAAGAAAGUAAUAACUCAGCUCCAUACCAGUUACUAUUUUAACUGACGACAACUGAUUUAGUCGAUUGUCGAGCGGUAACCGGGCCGACAUAAAAAUAAAUUCUGGUUUUCUUACUGAAAUUCUAAUACAUCGUCCAUUUCUUGGUAUUUCAAAAUUUAUUCUCGUUGUCGGUGAAAAUUAGUUCUGAUAGAAAAAUUUAAUGACACAACCG